AUGUUCACCUCCAUGCGGCGCUGGUUGCGCAACAACCGGACGCCCAUCGCCGUUGGCGUCGGCGUCAUUGGCGCCGGCUACGUCGCGACACAGUAUGUCAUAUCCAAGCUCAACGACGCACGCGAGCGCAUGAGCAGCGAUCGCAUCGCCAAGGAGAACCUGCGACGCCGCUUCGAGCAGAACCAGGAGGACUGCACCUUCACCGUGCUGGCCCUCCUCCCCUCCGCGACCACCGCCAUCCUCGAGGCCAUGAACACGGAGCAGAUCACCUACGAGAUCCAGCAGAUGAAGGCUACCAAGGCCAUCAAGAACGGUGCCACCGAGUCCAUCACGCCGCCGAGCAUCGCCGACACGACGUUGACAGAGGAUGAUGGAAAGAGCAUGGUCAGUCAGAGCAUACAGAGCGAGAGCGGGAUCCACGCCAGCCAGAUUGCGACGCCGUCACCCUUUGCCGCCGGGGGAGAAGCAGGCCAGCAGGAUGGAGCUUCUCUGCCCAAGCCACGAAAGACGAAGCGGCAGCUGUGGGAUGAUGUGACCAUCAGUGCCGUGACGCGAUCCUUUACGCUCAUCUACACCCUGGCACUACUGACGUUGCUGACCCGGGUGCAACUUAACCUCCUCGGCCGACGAAGCUACCUCUCAAGCGUGGUGGCCCUCGCAACGGGUGGCCAGCAGGGCACUAUCAGUCUCGAGAACAACGAUGACGACAACACGGAGCAGACAUAUGGCAGCGACUUUGACACAAACCGAAAGUACCUGACCUUCAGCUGGUGGCUUCUCAACAAGGGCUGGGCGGACCUCAUGCGUCGUGUUGAGAGCGCUGUGCGUACCGUCUUUGGCAGCCUCAGCCCUAGGGAUCUCCUGAGCUUCGAACGCUUCUCGGAGCUGACCAUGGAGGUGAGGAAGCUGGUUGAGGGUUCUACAGCUGAGGAGCGCCGCAAGUGCGACUGGCUCCGAUUCCUUCUCCCACCUAGGGAUAUGGAGGAUGAGGUGAUUCGGGAGUCGGGCAUCCUCGAUGAGGCCCCGGCUCAAGAGGGAGAGGACCAGUCAGCAGCCGCAUCGCAGGCUAUCUUGCGCCGUCUCCUCGAUGAGACGGCCGACCUUAUCGAGUCACCUAGUUUCUCCCACGUGUUGACCCUGCUCCUCGAUGCCGGCUUCUCGUAUCUGGUCGACAACAAGCUCGCCACGGCGGCCUUUGAGCUUCCUGCAUCAGAUGGCAUCGUCUCCCCAGAGCUCAAGGACCAGCGACGGUCCAAGGUGAUCCUGCUGCCCAAGAUCAUGUCGGUGCUGACGCGCCAGGCUCAUGUCAUCGGCAACGGCAUGCCCAACGAGUACUUGCAGAAGAUGGAGACGGUCCGUGACCUCGAGGCGUUUGCCGCCGUGGUCUAUUCGAGCAACUGGGAGCAGGAGAUCCGCGCCGAUGACGACCUCAUGGCCAGCGCCGUCGACCUGGGUACCUCACAGGCCAGUGGCAAGACGUCGCAGGCGCAAACACAGACAACUCAGACGCAGACACAAGGCGAGUCGAGCGUCGUUGUGGUGGACUCACAGGGAGGGUUCGAGAGUGCGUGGGAGCGAGCCGUGGAUAACAAGUCGUCGUGA